GUCCAACACUAUAACAAAGUAUUUUGCAAAAAUAAUGAAUGAAAAAAAAGUAUAUACGGGAGCGUAGUGGAUCGAGACAGUCUGAAAAAUCGUACUGCUUACAUAAAUGAAGUCGUCCUCACUAACGCUCUAACGAAGAUGAAAUCUAAAAUCCCUGAAAUCUGAAGAAGCACACUCCAUCUUCAUCUCUCCCACCUCAUAGUUAUUGCCGAAGACGACCUACAAUGGCUGCAGCUUUGGAAUGCUGGUCUAGCCGUGCCGGAGGUGGCGCUCCCGACGACGAUCUGGUGGAUCAGGUCCUCAUGCGCACGCACGACAGGUCCGAGUCCCUUAUUACGUCUCCGCCUGGUACGAGUUUGGAGGUCGAGGGAUCCACGCCGCUCUUCGAUCAGAGCUCAUCGGCUAUGCAGAAGCGCUUCCAGCGUCUCAGCCGCAACGUGUCCGACGCGAUUGCGACGCUCAAAAACUCGCUCAAUCUCGAUUCCGCGCGGGACAACCAGAGCGUCGGCGGGAAUCCGUCGCCUAAGGCCGAAGUCAGUGGCGGCGGCAGGAAGCUCCUGUGGGCUACUGUAGUGAGGAACCUUGCUAAGAUGUAUCCUGGCAGCCAGUUACCAGAGAAGCUCGUAUCGAAUCUAAAGAAACAUUACGAUUCCUUGCCCUUCAGUUACAGUCAGGCUGGUUUCGAUAUGAAAGAAGUCUUUCUACACGUAAAGUUGAUAGAGCAAGCUUCUGGAGAUGACAAUCCUGUGUUUAUGAUUCAAGAAGUCUCCGCUGGGGAAGCUCGGGGUUCAGUCCUCAGACUCACAUUCGCCUGUAACUCUUCUCUUUCGUGGUCAACUAUGUCAGGCGCUCUUGAUGGUGCUUCGAUUUGUUGCAAGAAGAUACAGAUCUUUGAGAAGAAGGGGUUGACUCUCGGGGUUGUUCUUCUUCUAGAUCAAUCUGGACAAGAGAGUGUUUUCAAAAGCCGUGUAGAAAACGCACUCAAGUGUGCAACCAGGAAGCCAAGACCGACUUCUGUUAAGCUCCCUUUUGGGCUUUGUGGCUGUCAAGAACAGAACGGCGGUGUUGGGGAACUUGGGGGUGUUGAAGAAGAUUCCAUUCAGCAAAGCAAUAGGCUAGGGAUAGAAAAUUUGAAUAGUACGAUCCAGCUUCAGAUUCCACUUCCGAGUUCUUCAUUUGCUGUAUCAGUAGAUGAAUGGCAGACCAUCCAAUCAGGUGGCAGUGAGAUUGGAAAGUGGCUACUGAAUCCCGAUAGUUUUGAGUUCGGUGAUCAGGUUGGACCAAAUUCUUACAAAGGAAUUUUCCGAGGGAAAAGAGUGGGAAUCGAGAGACUAAAAGGUUAUGAUAAGGGAAACUCGUAUGAGUUUGAGCUCCGGAAAGAUUUCUUGGAGCUGAUGACUUGUGGACACAAGAGCAUUCUGCAAUUUUAUGGCGUUUGCAUCGAUGAGAACCACGGAUUAUGCGUUGUGACAAAGCUGAUGGAAGGCGGGUCACUCCAUGACCUGAUGUUAAAGAACAAGAAGCUUCAGACCAAGCAGAUACUGCGAGUUGCGAUUGACAUAGCUGAAGGCCUCAAGUUUGUGAAUGAUCAUGGUGUUGCUUAUAGGGAUCUUAACACACAAAGAAUACUUCUAGACAAACAUGGCAACGCCUGCUUGGGAGAUAUUGGAAUAGUCACCGCUUGUAAGAACUUUGGUGAGGCCGUGGAGUACGAAACUGAUGGCUAUCGAUGGCUUGCACCUGAGAUAAUAGCUGGUGACCCGGAGAACACAACAGAGACAUGGAUGAGCAAUGCUUAUAGCUUUGGGAUGGUACUGUGGGAGAUGGUCACGGGAGAGGCGGCUUAUGCGUCUUGCUCGCCGGUGCAGGCGGCUGUUGGGAUUGCGGCUUGUGGCCUAAGACCAGAGAUCCCAAAGGAAUGCCCUCAAGCCCUGAGAGCUCUAAUGAUCAAUUGCUGGAGCAACUCGCCCACCAAACGCCCCAACUUCUCCGAUAUCCAUUCCACGUUGCUCCGCGCCAUUUCACGCUAAGUUUGGCUUUUAUUUGGUAAGGAUGAUAUUGUACAUUCAGAUUGUAACACUGAAAAGUCGUAAUUAUCUAGCAUGUAUUGAUCAGAAUGUUGUUGAUAUGAACUGUACUGGAAACAUAUAAGGACAUAAAGAGGUAAGGGGUUCGUGUAGGUUGGGUUCAAUACUUGUAUUGUGGCUAACCGUGAGGACCCACCUCUUUUGUCUACUUUAGGCCGGAACUAAAGCCUUAAAUAGAAGAAAAUAGCAUCUCACUAAUCUUUCAUACUUUCACUACUUAGUACUUACAAUGACAUUGUGGAGCAAAUUUAACAUAAUUUGUGUUGUUGUUGCCACUUUACGAUCAAUAAACAGAUUUAAA